AUGCGUGUUGUAAGCGGGUGCAAUAAUGGUGCUAUGAAGCUUAUCACACAGACGCCAGCUGAUCCUGUUCUUCGGGCUCUGCGCCAUACUACAAACCAGAGUGUACAAGCUAAGAUUGCUCCACAGCCUGUCAAGAACAGCGCCGGUCAAGAUACCACAACAAUCCCAUCUCGAAGUUAUUCCAAUCAGCGAAAUGCGCCAAGUUGCUCGCCCCUCAACGACACUUUUGAGCUUCCACGACUAUGUCGUUCUAACUCUGCCUCAAUGUCCUUAAAAUCCCUAGAACAUAAUAAAACUCCCAACGCCAAGCUAAUCAACGUAUGCACCAAUCCUGGAAAACCAGUAAGGUCGUUGCAGAAACAUAGCAUCUUUGAACAGUUGGAUGCGGGCUACUCUAGAGUCAAACCUGAUGUUCAAUUGCCGCCCAUACGAGCGCUGGUGGCAAGGAGAUCUCAAUCUAACCCAGAGCCUAGUAGGGCCACAGUGGGCUUGAGCUCUUCACCAGUAAGUCAGACUCCAUCAAGUGUUGAGCGAAAAGGCUAUCAGGCAUUCUAUGCUGAUACUAAAAAUCAGAUAGUCUAUGGAUAUAGCAUGUCGCCGCAUCCAGAGCGUGAUGGCGGAUUCCGUAGGGCACAUUGCCCCAUUGGGGAUGUAGUCCGUGAGAUGUAA